AGUUCUCUCCUCUCUUACUCUUAAAAUGGCGUCAAUGCCAUCGCAUGGUCGAGCAGACGAAAAGGACGAAUCAUUAGAAUCGUCGAAAAAGUUUCAAAAAACGGAAAAAGAAGAUUAUGGCUAUUACUUCUACCCAGAAAGAAGUGAUUACAAAGAAGUUCAGUCUUUCUGGGCUUCUAUUUGGGGAAGACCUGGCGCUCAAACCUUUAAUUGCGAAGCCAAUGUCACUUGGUGUAUAAAAAACCAUCCAAUGGUCAAACUUUUAGUCAGAGCUUUAAAAAGUCAUGGCUGUGAAGUGAAUUUACGACGUCACAUUUCAUGUGAAAGUUGCCUUGAAAAAGUGAAUGGAGGUUUUGAUCCAUCUACUAAUCAGGUAGUGGUUUGCCAGAACAAUGUAACUCGGCGAAGCGUAUGCUGUAAUGUGUUGGCUCAUGAGUUUGUCCAUGCUUUCGACUCAUGUCGAGCCAAGGUGGACUUCAAAGACUUGAGACAUCUUGCGUGUACCGAGAUUCGUGCUGCAAAUCUUAUGCACUGUUCCUUUCUGGCUGCUGUAGCUUCUGGAGAUGCAUCACCUAUCAAUAUUAAACAGCGUCAUGCUAACUGUGUGAAAUCAAAGGCUAUACAGUCUGUACUUAUGGUACGAAAUGUUCCAGUUCAAGAGGCUAAAGAAAUUGUUGAUAGUGUCUUUGACAAAUGUUAUAAUGACUUAGAACCAGUUGGUCGCCAGUGUCGUAAAAAUUCUCGUGAUGCAGACAGAGCUUUAAUAGAAGGACAAUUCUAUGGCUACAGUUGAUUAGUUUGAUGACGUGCUCUAUGACAUGCAGAGCAUAAUCCUCAUGUGCAUGAGUUUGAAGAUUCAACCUCUUAAUUAUAACAUAACAGCAGAAAUAGUGCCCUUCAUUUGCUAAUGCAGCCAUCCAGUGGAAUCAUCAUUAGGUUGAAUCCUUGUUAAUUUUGGAAAAACACUUCUUGGUCUGGUAGUGAUGAUUGUUUUCUGCAACAUACACUGGAGAGAAAAGUGUGUGAUUGUAGACACAAACAUUUAGUUCUAGUAUCUUUACUGUUAGAAGAGUCUGAUAACAUGUUGGGAAUAUGAUAAUUAUGCAACAAACCUUUAGUGCAAGCAAUCCUGACUGUGAUGAUAGGACCAAAGCCAUUCAUCUUACUUUCAUGAAAAUUAUAUGAUGAUGAUCAGUUGUGGAGUUGUGGUUGUUGGUGUGGUGGAGAGUUACUGGCUGCCUUUACAAAGUAUGAGGGAGACAACCAUCUUGGUGAAGCACACCACCUUAACUGCUGUAUGACUUUUGUGUAUGUUUACUAGGGAAU